CAAGCCCACCAGGUAGGUGGGGUUAAAUUGUGUUGUAGAAGCGCUCCCCUCAUUCUCUCAGAGUUGCUGUCUUCAGUGCCUUUGGGGAGAUUCUUCUCAAUCCCUACUCUUGCUAGCAUCUUCCUGCUAAGCUGCUCUCUCACAGCCCAUCAUUCUACAGGCCUUUUCUCAGGUUUCCAGACAAGGUUUGAAUAAGCUGCCUACACAUACAAGCUUUUCUUGAGUUUUUUCUCAAGUCCAGAGGCCUUCUUCAAAGAUUUUACCUGCAUCUCUGCUCCCAGCGCAGAACCUACGUCAGCGAUCUUGAAGAAUCCCAAGAAGAACUCUCUGAAAGCUCAGUUAGCCAACAGAGAGGUUCACUGCAAGAACCAUGGAUAACAAUUACCUUUAUUCCAACCAAGGAGGGGCUUAUUCACGCCAUCUUCCACCUGGAUAUGAACAUUAUCAAGAAUAUGUGCACGAUAUCACAGACAUGGGCCAUCAACCUAACUUACAUUAUGUGCAAAACUAUGACUAUGCAGUAAUUCAACAAGAUGACGGGCAGUGCCUACCUCAGAAGACAAACAAAAUGAACCAGAUCCCCCAGUUAUAUAACAGCACUACACCGCCUAAUGCUUACUAUCAAUAUUCUGGACAGCCAUGGAUACCACCACCAAACCCAUCCGAAACACCUGGCUACAUAAACCAAGUAUCUCCCCAUCAAGCUGCCAGUCCUGUAAGCAUGAAUCGGCCCACUUCCCCACAGGCCAUUUCCUUUGCUGCUAAUGUGGGGCAAAUUAACUACCCCAUGCACCACUACCAAAAACCUUCACUUGCUAGGACUGAAAGCUGCACCUCUACAAGCACCCUAUGUAGAGCUGAAAACUGCUCCCCUACAAAUACCAUAUCUUGCGCUGGAAGCUGCACCCCUACAAGUACUAUGUCACAGGCAUCCGCUGGAAGUGUAGUGUCAGAUGUUGAGGAUCAAUCAAGCAUGAGUGAGCUGAAAGAAUUUGCCCAAAAAGUUAAAAAGCUGAGGGAGUCAUUAAAGCUUACCCAGGAAAACGUUGGGGACGGACUAGGAGUUUUAUACAAGAAAUCAUUUAGCCAAACAACAAUUUCCAGAUUUGAGGCUGUCCAACUGACCCUUACUAAUAUGCGGAAACUGAAACCAAUGCUGGAGAGAUUUUACAAUGAAGUUGAAACAAAUACAGCUAUUCGAGAAAUUGUUGACAGAGGAGGAAAACCGAACGACUCUGUAAAAAGAAAAAAACGUACGUUCAUUGAUGAGAAGACAAAGAAAAAGUUAGAAGAGAAUUAUAAGCGGUUCGCUCAUCCCAAUAAAGUGGAAAUCGAAAGCAUUUCAACAGAAACCGAACUAACAUGUGAUGUUGUUAAUACAUGGUUCUGUAACCGGCGUCAGCAGGAAAAGAAGGAACUGAACAAAUGCCUGAAAGAGGAGGCCAUAGCAUCUGGCAAUUUUGCUCAACCCAUUUCAAUUCCUAACACAGGAACCUGUGCCAAGCCACCAGUGGCAGUACCACAACCCUGCCUAAUUGACAUGACUGGAUUAAAUCGUACACAUUAUAUGGCAAUAAAUGACCAAAAUGGACAAUUUAUCCAACAUGCCAUGCAAAGUAUGCCUCCUGGAAACGAUACUCAGUUAACCAUGUUAUAAUCAUAUUUCUAUUUUCCUCUUUUUACAGAUAAACCUUUCUUUCAAACAUUAACCCACCUUGAUCCCUUUUACUUCAGUUCACUGUUGUAGCCUUAACCCUACCACUUUGAUUCUGUGUCAUCAUUAUUAACUCUCAAGCUGCAUUUCCUCUCUGUCAAAGACAUUUCUGUGAUGCUUCUAACCUAAUGUUCAUUACCAUUCAACCUCAUGUCCUUUAUUACAGGAAUUCUCUCUAGACCUCAAACUCGCUGGACUUCCCCUUAAGACUGUGU